AUCAGUUGUGUAUAGGACACUCGCGUGUGCACGUCGACAGGCUCCUGGGUAACGGCAACGACAACGGGUCGACUGUAACGCAAACGAAAUCUGGGACUGCUUGGCGGCAACGCUUUGCGGCUGCUUGCUUGGCUUUUUGCUUUGACGCUGCGUUUGUAAGCGAACUUAAGCAGCAACAACAACGACAACAACAACGACAACGGCUAACGAAAAUUUAUACCGUGUGUGCGUGCGGGUUGAGAGCAGAAUGAUGUGAGUGACAAGUUGGCCAAAAACCGAAAAUGAAACAAAAAUGUGCGCAACUAUGCAAAUAAAUUAAUAAGCCAAAGUCAUUACCAAAUUAAAUCGAGACACGCAAAAGCUAAAGGCGGGGAGAGAGAAAAAUAGAAACAGGAAUAGCGAGGACCUUGUGAAGUGCGUCGCGUCGGUUCAAGUGUGGAAAGUCAAGAGGUCCUGACUUGGUGUAUCGGAGCUUGCUUUGAGGUUAACUCGUCCGUUGUCCGUCGUCCCCGUCCUCGUCCUCGUCCUCGUCUUCGUCCUCGUCGUCAUCGCCGCCAAAGGCAUCGAAGCGAUGCUUGCCUCAUUAGCGACUUAGCGCACAAAAUGCCCUCGCUGCAUAGGUAAAGGAAUAGGAAAAACCACGAACGCCCAAAUGAGUGUGCUUGGACAUAUGUAAGAUGCCUCAGCGCCCAGCGAAUUCGGUUAAUGAGUUGCCUUUUACGAGCGAAUGGAAAUGAAAAUUGAUAUUAUGCUGAAGCCGAAGCUAUAAAUAACCGCAACAAAUUAAAAUUAAUAAGAAGCCCAAGCUUGAAGUACAUAGCAACAACUAGCAGCAGGCAGCUUUCGCAUUAACAUUUAGAUUAAACAACCAUGGCCUCGCCGCCGGAAAGCCCCAUCGAGGAGGUGGUCUAUGAGUUGGAACACACACGCGUGCCUAAGCCCAUACCGGUCGCUCUCGAAGAUUUGUGCCGCCAAACCAAGUUCACCAAGCAGGAAAUCCGCGUCAUGUACAGAGGAUUUAAAACGGAAUGUCCCGAGGGUGUGGUGCACGAGGAUUGUUUUAAGGAUAUUUACGCCAAAUUCUUUCCACAUGGCAAUUCCAGUUUAUAUGCUCAUUAUGUGUUCAAAGCCUUCGAUGUUAAUUGCAACGGCGCCAUUAGUUUUCGGGACCUACUUGUCACCUUGUCCACUCUGUUGCGCGGCUCCGUUUACGAGCGUCUGCGCUGGACCUUCAAGCUUUACGACCUCAAUGGAGAUGGCCGCAUCAGUCGCGGCGAGCUGAGCGAAAUAGUUUUGGCCAUACACGAGCUUAUGGGCAGGAGACCCCAUCAACCCGAGGAAGAUCGCAAGGCGAGAGAUCAGGUGGAUCGAGUUUUUCGAAAAUUGGAUUUAAAUCAGGAUGGAAUCAUAACGAUAGAAGAGUUUCUUGAGGCAUGUCUCAAGGAUGAUUUGGUAACACGUUCAUUGCAAAUGUUUGAUAAUGACCUUUGAUGACAAGCGGAGGAGCCCGACAUACGCGAUACAAGGACUAUAAUACCGCUUAUAGAUCUAUAAAUAACUUGACAUAUGUUGCGACAAGUUUUAAUAAACUAAUUCCGAAAAUCCAGACAGCUACAUCAAUAAUUGUUCAUCGUUCAGAAAACACAGUAUUUCAACAAUGAUAUAAAUGAAGAAACCACAUACUAGAAUUUAAAGUUAUUUUAGGCAACUACAAAAAUAAUAUUGAGAGAAAAAAAUAUAAAUAAUAGACAAAAGAUAAAUUUAAAAUUUAUAAGUGUGUAAUUGUACAAGAUGCUAAUGAAAAACG